AUGUAUAUAAACAAUACAGUAGCUGUGAACGCAACAUUACCAACAACAUCCAAUUUUACCAACAUACCCAAUGAUGCUGAAUUCUCAAUCCAACAUUGGCAAGGUUUCUGGGAGCUUUUACCUCAACAAUGGACCAGAGAAGCCGAAGCAAUUCUAUGGAUGUGGAUGUAUGCAACAUCAAAAGAUAUAGCCAGGGCAAAAGCUCGUCUUGCUUAUAAAGGUUAUAAAAGAAUUCAAAAAUAUAGAGAAAGUGAUAUUGGUGAUGAUUUUUUGAAUUAUAAUGAUCCUUCAAAAUUAAGAGAACGUGCUCAUGAAAUGGAAGAAAUUUUAAUGGAUAUUGAAAAUGGUAUAACUGUUAAUAUUGAAGAUUAUUUAACUGAUGAACAACUUCAAAAAUUCUUAAAAUUAGAUGUAACUUAUAGUGAUCAAAUGACUUUCAAUCAACAUCAAUCAACAAAUUCAAACAAUGAUUUAAAUAAGAAUGAUAAAUCAUGGUCAUUAAGGAAGAAGAAAACAUCAAUUGUUAUUCCAGAACCUAGAGCCAUAGAAAGAAUUGUUAAAUAUAGAGAUAUUCUUCAAUUUUCUGGGAAAAUUUCAGUGGAAGAUGGGAAAUAUAAAACCAGGUUUAAACUUGAACCACUUUAUCAAUCAUCAAAACAAACCGAAUUGGAAGAUUUGGGGACAAUAUUGGAUGCCUUGCGUGAAAAGGUUCCAAUUAUUGAUGUCGAAAAUGAAUCUCAAAGUAUUUAUGAUCAUUUUGCCGCUGGUACUUCAUUAUUAUGA